GACUUUUUCAGCAGCGUCGCCUCUCUUUGUCAGAGGAUCGACUUCCGUUUUCAUGUUUGGUCCAGGUUUCUGGAAUUUACUCUGUAGUGAGACUCUGGGCUGUCUGCUGCUUUGAUAAACCGCAGUCUUAGUUUUGAAAUUUGGCGGAGGAGCCAAUCAAAAGUCAUCCAUUUCAGCCUGUUAAGAGUUUGAUCCCGUCUUUCUGUUUUAUCCUUGAAAAACACGACUGUUUACCUAGCUAGCUGGCUAGCAUCAGCCAGCUGAGUUAAAUCACCUAGCAUGUUUCGGUACUUGAAUGACGUUGAUGACGACCCCUACAUGAUGUAAGUAUUCAUAUUAGUUUCAUUUUGUGCAUAUGUUAUCUGUUUUUGUUUGUGAAUAGUUUGGAGAUGCAUUAAUGACGCGUUAAGUUGUAUCCUCCAGUGUGUAUUAAACAGGUACCUAACGUGUCUUGAGCCAGCUGUGGGGGCCUACAAAAGGGUCCACCAUGUUGGAUAGACAAUAACAAAAAGAGCUGUCAGAGCUCAGCGGGACGUGAUUAACCAAUUAGUGCCUGUUUCCACUCCAUUUAUUAAGAAUGCAUAUGCAGAAAGAUGACAAUGGUAUACUAAAAAUGUUUUCAAGGAGUCACAGGUGCAUUCCCAAAACAGGAAAGAAAAAGGAAACGAACAGACAACUGAAACAAUUUUUAUCAUAAAAUGAAAUCAAUGAGCAAGAAAUGAAUGUUUUGUUCUGCAAAACUGAGAGGUAUGCAUGCAUUUUUAUUUCCUGAAACAAAUUUGUGUAAAAAAAAAAAAGACAUACCUCCUGACAGAGCACUUCAACUAGAAAAAAUGUGGUAGAUUCACAAACUAGUAAUGUUUUUUUAAAUCUUUUUUAUUUUUAUCUAAAGUGCUGAUGCAGGAUUAAUUCUACUUAAAAUCUUGAACUGAUUUUUUUUGCUUUUGCUUCAGGGUAUUUUACAAAUGUAAUUAAUAGCUCAAGUGGUCAAUUAUCACCUUUUAUAAGUUCAUAUUCUUCAUACUAGGUUGAGGUUGUGAUCAAGGUAGUAGAUUGCUAAUGGUUUAUGAUUUUAUCCCAGUAACCUUUACAUAAUGUUGUUACAGUAUAGUCCUUACAUGAGAGGUGCAUAAUCUGAAAAUGCCCCCUAUUGCUUGUUAAAGCGGCUUUAAACAAACGAAAAACAAACAUAGGUUGAUUAAAGAUAGAGAUCAGGUUUGCACUUGUGUCCUGGCUGCAUCAGGGUACAAUUUUUUUGCAGUUUAGCCCAUAAAGAGUCUGUUUUGUCAUUCCGUCUGUAAUGAAAGUGAAAAUCCUCAAGUUUAAAAUAUGGAAUCAAUAAAUUGUUGACAGCUGUAUUGCAGUAUAUUGCUUAUUUGUUACAAAUAAUCAGUUUUCUGUAGAUCCAACAGAAAAAGCUGCAACCUUAUGCAUUAUUUUACAUUUUUCUGUGUUUUUUUAUGAUCAGACAACAAAUAAUCUAUCCAAAUUAAAUAAUUGGAACUGAAAUGAAACCAUCAGCCUUGUAAACCGACCAUACUAAAUGUGCAAAAUUUGCCAGAACACUCAUUGGGUCUUUCCACUCUGUUUUUGUAAAAAUCAGAAUUUUUUUUUUAGAAAAUUAAGUCAUAUAAGUAACUUUGAGGUGGUAUAUUGUCAUUUAAAUCUUUUUAACUCAUUUUUGUUCAGCCCAUUUUUGAUCUUAGACUUGGUUAUUUGCUUCAGGUGGUUCAGAAAACUCCUUUUACGAAUGGUGUGUGGGUUAAGAAUUGCUUGACAAUUAUAGUUACAGCCACAAUUAGGCAGUAAUACAUAAUUUGCAUCACCUCACUUUGAGAAGUAUGAAUAUUUGAGUUGCGAAACUGAUUUACACCCACUUUCAUGUGGUUAUCUGUCGAGCCUUGUACUUGACAUCUUCCCUCUGCUUAUCCAUUCCUAACAGAUCAGUGAUGUUAAUCAUUCAGCUAAACUCAGUCACAAAACAGUCACAAGAAGUCAAGAAGUUUCAGUAAAAUUUGUGAUUUCUUCCAGGGAUCCCUUUGCAGCUCACAGGCAGCAGAUGAGGGAUCUAUUUGGACCAUUUGGUAUGGAUCCAUUCGCUCUCGCCCCCCAGAUGCAACCACAUCGUGCGCCACGCAGACAGGUAACUGCCCCCUCUAUCUCUGAGCUAUUUUAUUGCUUUUUUAAUUAUAUGUAAUUUAACUGUGAUAAAGCUGACAGUAUUGCUAAGCUACAGAACAUACAGAGAUGUGCAAGUUAUUCAACAUGCUGACUAGUCAAGUCACAGUCAGUCCAGGAGCAGAGGCACUGACAUCACAGAGACUGUCAGCUCUGCCAGUUUGGGAAACCUCUCUGCAUGUCCUGUUAAAAGUCACUGACUACGUGCCAGUUUUGUUAGUGGCAGCUGUUGUGUACUGCCCCCUAAAAGAAAGCUUGCUGAGACCUGGCAACCCCUCACUACCAAAACACCUGUAGCUAUUGUUUCACAUUGAGACAUGCUUUUAACUUCUAACACCAUCCUGAUAGCUGAAUGUGAAAUGGGUCCACCACAACAAUAACAGACGCAUUUGAGUCCAGUCUUAACAAUCAAUUAUCUAAUAGUAGAUUCAUUUUAAGUAUCACUUGUAUCUAUCUACCCAGAUUAUUUUUAAUACUUCUGAAGUUUUCAUAAUGUGCUUUUUUCCUCCAGGCUGGUCCACUGGCCCCAUUUGGCAUGAUGGGAAUGGUGAGUUUCUGUCUGUGUGGCCUCUUUUGAAAGGCAGUCAACAGUUUUUGGAUUGAAUUAACUUUUUGAAUUAAGUAAAGGAUUUGAAUGAAGUUACUUUAUAAAUUAGAUUGAAUUUGCAGACUAUACGAUUAACGUGAUGUGGUUAAAAUAGGGGAAAAGAUGAGUGAACAAAAUGUAAUUAAAUCUAUGAGGAUAUGAUAGUUUUUAUUUUUGAACUCAGACUAGUAGAAUAGCCAGCACCUAAUGGACAAAAGAAGAGCUUUUUUCCUGUGUUAUCUGAGAAAGUUAUAGCAAAUAUUUCUGUUUCGUAAAAUGAUUUUUUCAUGCAUCCCCUGGCCCUGAAAGUAGAGGGUGUAGGGCUCAAGGAUAGUCUCAGCAGUAACUGACUUUCUGUACCUCCUGAUGUUUCACCAAUCUGAAUUCUAAUGCUCUCAUAUGAUUUUAUUUGUGCAGGGCAGAGGGUUUAUGGACAUGUUCGGCAUGAUGGGGGAAAUGAUGGGAAAUAUGGUGAGUUUUUACUUUUAAAUAUAUAUUAAGGAUUAACCCUCAUGAGUGAAACCUGACAGUGCCACCUCUGACUCACUGUUGACUUUUUUUUCCCUCUUAGGAAAGAAUGUCCGGUUCCCCAAACUGUCAGACGUUUUCCUCCUCAACAGUGAUCUCCUACUCUUCCUUAGACGUAGGGGCUCCCAAAGUUUACCAGCAGACCAGUGAAACAAGAACAGGCCCUGGAGGGGUGAGAUGAAUUGACGGCUGUUAAAAUGCUUCUAGUUCAUGCUGGGGGGGUUUUGGUUACUUCCACAUAAGUAGACCUGGAGAGCAAGCCUGACUGCACAUGCUGCCGUCACAGUUUGUUCAUCCAGGCAUGUCUGUGGCGUUCAAGCCUCAUUAACAUUUGAAAGCCCAUGUAACUGUAGUGACUAUACAUAGAUGAAUCAUGUACAGUACAAAUAUCAUUGUGUUUGUACAAACAUUUACAACUGAGUUCAUGUGAAGUGCAGAUCAUCCUGCUUGUUUUAGUAAACUGGAUGUUGCUUCACUUUAGAUCCGAGAGACGCGUCAGUCGAUGAGGGAUAGCGAGAGCGGAUUUGAGCGUCUGGCCAUCGGCCACCACAUUGGGGAACGUGCACACAUAAUGGAGCGUUCACGAAAUCGCCGAACUGGAGACCGUGAGGAGCGACAAGACUUCAUUAAUCUUGAUGAGAGUGAGUGUUUUUGACUCUCUACUGUCUGAUAUUUGCAGACUAACCACAGGGGGCACAGAGUUUUCACAGCUUGACAAGUAAGGACAGUGAUGUUAAAGGUGCUGCAGUGAUGAGAUGAUUGUAACUUCUUCCACAAGGUGAGGCCGCUGCGUUCGAUGAGGAGUGGAGGUGUCAGGCAGGCAGAUACAUUCCCCCGAAUGCUCGGGCACUGGACUACAGUCGAGAUCGACGUGCAGGAAGCCAGCAGCUGGCUCUUACUGCCCCUCCAAGCUCGACAUCCCCGCCAGGCCAUCGGCACGAGUCCCCCAGACACCGCCAGCCCCAACCUCGCCCACGCUAUGACUGGUGAAAGGUAAGAUCCCCAGGUCUGAUUUAAUCAAGAACAAACCAAAAAAGUACACUUAAGGAUCUGGUAUUCAAUUUUGAAAGACUAUUAUGGAUAAAUGUAUAAAUACACAAUAAGAGGCUUUUGAGAGAGGAUGAGAUGGCUACAGUUUUUACUUUGCACUUGCAAAAAGGUUGAGUUUGAUGUUUCCUUAAUUAUGUUUUUAUUUUAUUUUCCUGGAGAGCUUUUCUUUUGUUUAAAUUUGGUAUUACUUCUUAUACAGUUAAUCAGUUUUAAUAGGCAUUUAUUGUAGUAAGACAUUCUCAAGAGCUGACGGUUUUAAAAUAUUAUAACAGGGCCACUGCUAGCCUUGUAGUUUAAGUGUGCAUCCCAUACAUGGAGGAUAUGCCUCAAGCAGAUGGCCCGGGUUUGAUUCCAGUCUGUGGCUCCUUUCUCACCCACACUAAGGCUUGGCACUAUUCGAUUCACGAUUUUCUUCAUAUCAAGCUGCAGUGCAACAUUCACAAUGUGUACGGUAACAUUUACAAAUCAAAACAUAAAAGCUAUUACUUUAAUGCAAGGAUGAAAACCAAAGGUAAGAAUUGCGGAUGGAAAGCCAAUCCUUACAUUUAAAGAAAAUGGAGUCAUCCCUAGAGGUGAUGUGCUCAAGACACUACCUGCACCACAAAGACUUGGUGGUUCAACCAGAGGGGAGCAUGAGUUCAUAUCCCCCUGCAGCAUUGUUGAUUCGUAGUGGGUUUAGAGAAUUGCAGCUGAUUAUGAUCUUAAUGUGCUCAUGUGGCGCUAUAGGCCUUGUUAUAGAGACAUGGGCUUUGAUGUUGGAAAAUCUUUUAAAUAAAUGUAAAAUAAGUCAUUUUGUACUUUUAUAUAGCAUUACUGUUUGUAAGAUUAAAAUAAUGUGUUUUACUUCAAUAAUAAGUGGCACAAUUUACACCAGUGUAUUCUCUCCAAUGGCACAAUUUACUCCGCAAGUUGUGCCACAAGACCACUUAUUUUUCUAAAGCUAUAUUUCUCAAACAGUUUAUUUUUGAUCCAAAGUGAUUGUUCCCAAUGAUGCACCACAUCCUAAACUACAUGUACAUAUUUUAGUUGGAAGUAUGACUGUCAUCCCCUUGCUUUAAAGAUGCUUUAAAUAAAAACUGGCACAACUCACCCCACUUUUCUGCCCUUUUGUGUUAUAGCAGUCGUUAUCUCCCGGUGUCUUCAGCUGCUGUUGUCAUACAGACUUACUCUGGCAAUGGGCCUGAGACUCAAGUUGAAAAGACUUUUCACCAGACUUCCUCGUCAUGCACUCCUCAUACAAGUGCCUGUGGUGUUUUUUCAAGUGCCAGAAGAAGUUGGUUAUGUUUCCACAUGAUGUAGCAACUUUAGCGUGACAGAUUUUGCACAGUACCUGUUUCUUGUGUUCUUGUCUGCAGCCUCAAACCCAAAAUACUCCUAAAUGAACACCAUGCCAGUUUUUCUUGCCGAUUAAAUCACCUAACUCAGCUUGUGGUUGCACUGAAGCCGUUUAAAAAACAUGUUCACGUUUCAAAACACGGAGAGCAGAUAAAACCAAAUGGUUAAUGUGACCUGUCAAUGAGUAGCAUAUGUUGCCUCUGAUUGGUGAGUUUGGCAGGACGUUAGGGAGACAGCAUUAAUAUGUAGAAUAAUUGACACAACAGAUCCUGGAUCAGUAAGGAGCGCAGCAAAGGAAAAAAAAAACACACAGCUUAAGCGAUCACAUGAUCGUGCUGUCUGAAAUUACAAUUUCAAUCAGAAAACAAUAAACCGUUCAGCCCUAGCCCACACUCUCUCCUAUCUCUUUCCCCACUUAACCUAAUGUCCUGUCCUUGCAAAUAAAGGCACAGAAACCCAAAAUAAAAUCAAUAGUAGAAGAUAAUUUUCACGAUGGUACACUGGGUAAAAUAUUUGCACUUCCCUUACACACUCCAAAUUAAAAGUGACUUGCAGGUUUGUUGAGAUUGUUUGUUAUCUCACUGAUGAAUGUAAAUUUUGUUUCAUGUCUUGUGUGGGAGCUGUAGUUAUAAUUACAACGGUUGUUGAUUCAGUUCUCAGCCACGACUCUGUGCCACAGGCUGCCCCUACACGCCGCACCCUCACUUUUUUUAUAAUCAACAAACUUUAUAAUCGUAUUUAAAUAUAAGCUAAAAUAGUUGCAUUAUAAUGUGAAUGCAAAGGGGAUAUCAUGUGUCAUUCAUUUGUCGCACUUUAAUUUCUCAAGUCCUUGUAGUUAUAAUAAGCUGCGCCCUUAUUGGUCAGGAUUUCCACAGGCUGUUUGUGAUUGUUGUUUUGCCUUCCUGACAGAUGGAAAGCACUGAAUCUCUGUUAAUUCCACCUUUAAUUUUCUGUCUCAUUGAACACAUUGGACUUGACUCUCCCUGCAGGUGUCACACCUAUGGGACCAGAUGGAAGGAGUUGAGGGAAAAUCUCCCCAAUGCUGUGAACAACGCUUGAGACGGAAGUUGAUGAUUGUCUCGACUGCCCGUUGUAAAUGUUUAAUUUGACUGGACUGUCUUUACAUGAGUAUACACACACACACAUAUACACACACACAAAGAACAACCAAACCACAUACAAGUAAAUAGUUACAUUUGCAGCUCUGUAUCUCCACAAAACACGCACACACAUAUACACACACAUACACACACAAACACAGCAGCACCCUUGUGGGAGCAUGGGUCUGACUACACUCACUUUAUGUAUACUCAUUCUAAAAACUUGACAUGUGUUUCUUCCCACUGCACUCAAGUGCUCCAGUAUACAGUACAUCUGCUGUACAGUCCAUUUUAUGUUUGUGAAGGCACUAGUGUGUCAGUGAAUUGAAUUGUAUACUGUUAACUAAUUAAUCUAACUAAAUAAAAGUUCAUUAAACAUUGUUAGAUAAUUAGAAAAUGAGUCUUCUUUGUGGCUGUUUCCAACUACAUGUCUUAAUGUGUUUUCAAAUACCAAAUUGCACUUUUUAUCAAAGGCACGUUUUGAAGAAGUUUGUAUUUGACUGAAUCCUUUUACACCUCCGGGAUUGUUUCCAGAAGUAUUUGUUCUCAGCAGCUAUAGUGUGCACAAAUCUCUGAUUCUGAAUUCCUCCUUAUGUUCAAAUGUCUGUACUUGUGUGCUUCCUCUUCCCUUCAUCACCCUGUCUGCAGGUCAUGUGACUUUCAGAUAGAGCACACAAGUGGAGCAGCCAAUAAAGACCAUACUCUUGACAAACUGCUUCCCUAGCAAGCUCCCUUUCUGCCAUCCUCUGUGUUAUCUAGCUGUAUCUUCAAUUACAUCCAGGACUAUUUUUAAAUGCACGUCCCCCUCCUCCAGCAUGCACCGCUCCUGUCACCUGUCUACCUAUCUUCUUGUCCGCUUUGAUCCCCAUCACAAGAUCUCUCAUGUCCUCUGUCAAGGCAGCUCUCUUCGUGCAUCUGUCUGAGCUCUUCUGUACCCUCUUCUUCACAUCUUUGUUUGGAGUUUGUCUGCUUGUCAACCACAUCUAAAGUUUGCACGUGUUCGUCUCUAUUUUUUCCCUUUCCUUUCCUUUCAGCCUGUUAUGUCAUUGUACGCAGGGUGACGGCACAGCCUGAAAAUACCAGCCACCGCAAAUUAGCAUUUCAUGUUAGCAGUUUGCUGGGACAAUAUUUGCACACAUGUCAUGAGUGAUUUGGUGGUUAGUUAGCAAAUAAACAAUGUACAGUCUGCAAGCAAAUGGCAUGAUUUGCAGGGAGGGAGGAUGACUUUGCUUGAUGCAAAUGUUGGAAAAUGAUUGGAAUAAAAACAGGUCAAGUGCAAAUCACAGCACGUCCUUCUCAGCUUGU